AUGGCCCCGGGGGCGAACAUCGGCAUCAACCAGGCUGGCUGGCUGCAGUUUGAACCCGGCGCACAUGCGCACAUCAUGGCUCAGCACUCUUCGGAUGAGAUGCAGAUUAUCUUGUACCGUGGUCGUGAACUGGUGCUCUACGACGCGCACCGGCAAAUGGCUUUCGCCCGGCGGCUCACCAAGGAGCAAGCUCAGGUGCUGGUCCACAACCGACGCCACAGCUCCUGCCCUUUGUGCAAGCAAGCUUUGAGCGAAUCCUGGGCAUUUGUGGUGGAGGGCUACUGGGAAACCAUACGAAAGGUUUUCUCCACCAGCGCUGCUGGUGAAGAGGAGACAGCUGCAAUGGCACAGCUGCACAGCAUCGCAGUGGGUCUCCUCAACACCGGCUACUAUGCCCGCUUCUUUCGAGAGGAAAGGAUGCUGGGAUCGGGCUCAUUCGGGGCCGUGUACCUGUGCACACACAUGAUGGACGAAAUCGAACUGGGAACAUUUGCUGUGAAGAAGCUGGCCUUAGGAGACGACGCCAAUAGACUUAGGCAAGUGGUGCGAGAAGUUAAAGCAUUGGAGAAGCUGCGGCACAUGAACGUCAUCGAUUAUAAGCAUUCGUGGCUGGAGAUCGAUCGACAUUCAGAGCUAUGUCCGUACGUACCGUUCCUGUAUAUCCUGAUGGAAUACUGCAACUACGGCUCCUUGGAGAACUUCAUCUGGCCGAGAAAUCCAGGAUUCAUCCGGGGCAGGUCUGACAAUUCAAAGCGAGCACGGGAGCUGACAGACGAGCUCAUUUGGCAUUUCUUCCACGGCAUGUGUAGCGGCCUUGAUCAUUUGCACUGCCGUGGGAUUCUACACAUGGACCUGAAACCAUCAAACAUCAUGCUGCACGUGGAUGAGAUGCCAGAGACCUUGCCUAGACCGAUGCUGUCCGACUUCGGCACUUGCCACAUCAUAGGGGAAGGUGUGUCUUCUGAGCAUGGAGGAUAUGCCAUGGAGUUUUGCCCCCCAGAGCGGCUGGAAACCCAGGAGAUGGGAGAGAAGGGCGACAUGUGGAGUGCAGGCCUGGUGUUAUAUGCAAUGUGCUAUGGAGAUCUUCCUUACCACAGCGACGAUCCUAUGGAAUGUCGCCGUCAAGUCAUGAGCCACAAGGUCCUGCCGGAACCAUCAAAUAUUGCCUGGCAGCAGCGAGACGAGCGCUACUGGAAUGUCGUCUGCAUACUGACCUCCCGGCAGCCUGUGGCCAGACCAUCUGCUCGAGAGUGCGAGGUCUUGGCAGCACAGGAGCUGGCACGCCUGGCCCUUGCUCCCAAGUCACCAAUGAAAAGCCUGGGCUCUCCCUCCAUGCACCCACAAAUGAUCAUGGACUCAUCGCUGCCCCAACUGCAAGAUGGCGAGUUGAAUUGA